AUGGGGCGCAAAGACCGUCAACCCAGUACCAGCUAUGAUGUCCCAGCAUCAGCAGGUCCGUCAUCGAAGGUCCGUCAAACAAGACAGCCGCACUACUGGGCUGGGGAGCAAGCAGUCACAGCGGAAGAAACUUCAGCAGCCAAGGUGGCACUACCAGGUUUCACCCAUACCAUCGUCACCAGCAACAUGUUCCGCCAAAUGCAUUUGGUGGUUCUGGAGAUACAUACCCGACUCCUCCGAUUGCAUGGCACAACGGUUCGAAUGCUCCCAGCCAGAAUGUAUACCAAGACUCCCGGUCCAGUGCAUUUGGUAAUUAUGGAGGUGUAA